CCCUCUCCUAUAAAAAGUCCGAAUCAUUUGCCCUUUUUUUCUUGCGGAGUUUACACAUUCACGAAAUCCAUUCACCCCUUUUAUAGCUUCCACCUUUUCCUUGCUUUUCCUCUCUCCCUCUCUCGUGUCUGUCUGUCUUCUCUUCUUCUUCUUCUUCUUCUUCAUCUUCCUGUGGACGACUGAACAAUCACACUUAUCACCUGUGUGAUUGACAACAGCACGGGUGGCGAGAAAACAGAGGGCGAUGGAGGCGACGGCCCUGAGGAGUCGUCCGCGAAUGGCGGCUUCGGUAACGAUGGCAGGCUUGCUUAUGGGACUCCUUGUCCACGCAUGCUGUGCCGACACCACCACCAUCAGCCGGUCCAGCUUCCCCAAAGGUUUCGUCUUUGGCACUGCCUCCUCCGCUUUCCAGUAUGAAGGAGCUGUGAAAGAGGACGGAAGGGGACCAUCGGUUUGGGAUACAUUUUCGCACCAAUUUGGUAAAAUACUUGAUUUCAGCAACGCGGAUGUCGCCGUGGAUCAAUACCACCGGUUUAAUGAAGAUAUUCAGCUCAUGAAGGACAUGGGAAUGGACGCCUACAGGUUCUCGAUCUCUUGGUCUCGCAUCUUUCCUAGCGGAAGUGGCGAGAUCAAUCAGGCAGGAGUCGACCACUACAAUAAACUCAUCUACGCGUUAUUGGCUAAAGGGAUUGAACCAUACGUGACUCUAUUUCACUGGGAUCUUCCGCAAGCUCUGGAAGACAAGUACAACGGAUGGCUCGACCCACGAAUCAUAAAGGAUUUUACAACAUAUGCCGAGACCUGCUUUCAGAAAUUCGGGGACAGAGUGAAGCACUGGAUCACCUUCAACGAGCCGCACACUCUGGCAAUACAAGGAUACGAUGUCGGACUUCAAGCGCCGGGCCGUUGCUCCAUCCUUCUUCACCUCUUCUGCAGGGCUGGGAACUCCGCGACCGAGCCUUACAUUGUUGGGCACAACGUUCUGCUCUCACAUGCCACUGCCGUCGAUGUGUAUAGAAAGAAGUACCAGAAAAAGCAGCAUGGAUCAAUUGGUGUAGCCUUUGAUGUGAUGUGGUUCAUACCAAGAACAAACUCAACUGAUGACAUCGAAGCAACUCAGAGAGCCCAAGAUUUUCAGUUUGGCUGGUUUAUCGACCCGUUAAUCUUUGGAAAUUAUCCAAGCUCCAUGAGAAGUAGGGUGGGAAGCCGCUUACCUGCAUUUUCCAGUUCCGAAUCUGCUCUUCUAAAGGGGUCUUUGGAUUUUGUGGGUAUCAAUCACUAUACUACAUACUAUGGCAGCAAUGAUACGUCUGAUGUAAUCGGACGUCUACUUAAUGACUCCCUCUCGGACUCCGGCGCCAUCACUCUGCCCUUUAAAGAUGGGAUUCUCAAUCCAAUUGGAGACAGGGCAAAUUCCAUAUGGUUGUACAUAGUACCCCAGGGGAUCAGAAGUUUAAUGAACUACAUCAAGACAAAGUAUGGGAACCCGCUGGUUAUUAUUACCGAAAAUGGUAUGGACGACCCGAACCCCCCACUAAUCAACAUUAAAGAUGCUCUCAAGGAUCAGAAGAGGAUCAAGUAUCACAAUGACUAUCUCACCAACUUGUUGGCCUCUAUCAAAGAAGACGGAUGCAACGUGAAAGGGUACUUCGCGUGGUCUCUGUUGGAUAAUUGGGAGUGGGCAGCCGGAUACACUUCGAGAUUCGGCCUUUACUUUGUGGAUUACAAUGACAAGCUGAAGAGAUACCCCAAGGACUCUGUUCAGUGGUUCAAGAACUUCUUGAAGUCAACCUAAACAAUUAAUGAAGAUGAAGGAAAGCUGCAUUUGUUCACUUACACGACCCAACAUCUGACACAGUGCUCAUUCGUUUUCUUCUUUUUCGGUGGGGACACAUGAUCUCAUUUCACCAUAUUGUUACAUCUCAAUAAUUUUAGAAAUGUUUGUGUUUGAAAAGAAAAGGGAAAAAAAGAAGAAGAAAUUUUAGUUCGUGUUCCAUAAGUAGAAUUUGAAAGCUUGUGACAAACUGUGGAUUAUUUCAAGUAAUAUUAG